GACAACAUCAAACUUUAAACCCCUAAAAUCAAGAAAGGAGAAAGAGGAGAAGAAGAAGAAGAAGCAACAAAAAAAACAGAAGCAAUGUCUUAUUCUUCCCUCAAAUUGCCUAUCUUUCUCAUUCUCUCAUCUCUUCUCCAUGCUGCUUUAGGAGAAGACAUCAUAUGCGAGAAUCUGCCCACAAAUAUGUGCGCGUUCUCGAUAUCAGCUGCCGGGAAAAGAUGUUUAUUGGAGACAGCUAACGUCGCCGGAGAAUACACUUGCCGGACUUCCGCGGUGGAGGUUGAAGGAAUUGUGAACCACGUGGAGAGCGAUGAGUGUGUAGCCGCUUGUGGUGUUGAUCGGAAAACCGUAGGAAUCUCUUCGGACACAAUGAUGGAGGCAGGGUUCGCCGCAAAGCUUUGCUCUUCGGCUUGUUUGGAUUACUGCCCUAACAUUCUUGAUCUUUAUUUCAAUCUCGCCGCCGGUGAAGGUGCAUUUUUACCUGAUCUAUGUGAUGCUCAACGGACAAAUCCCCACCGUUCGAUGUUGGAAAUGCUCGAUUCCGGCUCUGCUCCUGGGCCUGCUCUAGCUCCGGCUGCUAUGUAAAAUUAAUGUUAUUUAUUUCACGUGUGUCAUGAUUUAUGUUUAAUAUUUCGAUUGAUGAUCAUAUCUCUUAAUAUGCUUUGAUGCUAGCUCAUCAAUUGAUUCAUAUGAGAGAAGACGAUACAGAGUGAGUUUGAUUUUUGGUUCUGUUUCUUACCAUUUCCUCAUAUAAUAAUACUUUGGAAAUAUCAUUGUUUUGUUAUUGUUAUCAUGUUCGAUAUAUAUGCCAUGUGCAAUUGUAACUUAUAAAUUUGGUAAUAUCUAUUUUUAAUAAAUACGAUUGUACUGUACAUCUUCGAGCAUGGACAUGUGUUUUUGUUUCAUUUUCUCUUGAAUCGUAUCGUGUUUUUUUUUAAUAAAAGAG